AUGCGCCUGCUGCGCCACAUCGGUGCGCCUGAGGGGCUGCUCGCGGCUAUGGUAAGUUUCUACGACCAGCGACGCCACUUCGUAGAGCUGGACGGCGCGGUGUCCCGCGCGCCCAUCUGCCCGGCGCGCUGCCCCGCAAGCAUGCUCUGCCUGAUCGUAGACAUGACCUUCUGGAGGCGAUGGACCGCCAGCCAAGUACCCGACACCCACGCCCGGGCAUACGCCGACGACAGGACCCUGCACGGCAGGGGGCCCCACGCCAAGAGCACGGCAGCGCGCGCCGCACUGGCGACGCAACAAUGCGAAACGGACGCAGGAUGGAUCUGGAACGUCGGCAAGGGAGCCUCCUUUAGCACAGGCCGCGCCGGCCAUGCCACAGCUGCGGAGAGCGUGGCCCUGACACAAGUGGGCAACCUCAAGCCCGCCCUCGAGCUGCUGAGGGUGACGACCUCGCUCAGCAAGGCACCGCCAAUCGCCCGACGAGAGUGCAGUGCGGCAUCCGGCAUCUACAUCGCCGGCCUCAUCGCGCUGGCGCUGCCGGAAGAGCUACGGAAGCAGGAUGCCGCCGUGCGGCGGGCGGCCCUGCUCGCGCCGCGCACUGCUGGGCGCGCCGCCUUCCUGAGCAUCGUGGGCCCGAGCAUCGACCUCGAGUUCCAGAUCGACCUCGACAGCCUCCGGCACCAGCUCUGGCGGCUGAGGCAGCAGCAGAGGGCUGAGCAUCACGGACGAUGGGACCCCCAGAUGGUCAGAGGUACCCCAGAAGGAGAGCUCGAUCUGGCGCGGGACGGCAAGCGCACGCUGGAGACUGUGGCGUGGCGGAGCCACAUCCGGCGCAUGUGGCAGCAGAUGCAUGUCACCAGCCUGAGGCUCGCGCACAGCGCCGGCACCGCCGCCAUCCGCAGGGCGGCCCUUGGAUGCACCCACGAGCAUCACACACUUGAAGGCGUGCUUCGCGCCCAGCAGGGCGACGGAUAUGUCCACCGAGACGUCGCGCGCAUCUGCGGGGCCGUGGCGCGCCGCCAGCAUUGGCUUUGGGAGUGCAUCGACGAGCAAUCGGCGGCCGCCGCUGCAGCGCCCUCCAGUCGGCCGCGAUCCGGCCUAGAGGAGAAGUCCACCGUUUGCAUCGUCCCCAUUGCCCCGACCACGCGGCGGCCAGCACAUGCGGCGAGGACUGCGCAGCUUGAGCCCAUUCGAGCCGCCCACCGGCAUGUCAGAGACAACGGGGAGGGCGUGACCCUUACCGCCACAGACGGCUCUAUCGCCGAGAUCUCGCGCGGCGCGCGCCUCCGGCAGGGAUGCUGGUCCGCUGUGGUCGCCCAGAGCCGCGCCCCGCCUGCAUGGGCCCCCAGACCCCAGCACGGCCUGGACUCAUCAUCCGCUGCGCUGGAGAGGGAGAGUUUCAGAACAAUGCUGGAGGCGGCGGCGGCCGAGCAGGUCCCCGUCGUGUGCUUCAUCGACAACGUUGGAGUCCAGCGGAAGGCUGCGGCCAUCCUGUCCGGGCAGCGCCUGGUUGUAGACUAUGGCUUCGGCGGGUGGCAGGAGCAGGAGGCGCUCGCAGCCUCCCUGCCGGCGGGCAGCAGCGCCCGCCGGGUGCCGUCGCAUGGCAAAAGACCCAGCUGGGCCGCCCUGGCCCGAUUCACCGAUGACGUGCGCUUCCUCAACAGCAUCGCGGACCGGCGGUGCGGUGAGGCCGCGCGCUUGGUGCUCCAGCAGCAGCUGCAGCCUCUGGCGGAGGCUCACGCCACUGCGGCAGUUGGCACGGCCAAAGGCUGUCGCCGGCUCGCCGCUGGGGAGGCGAGAUGCAUGACCGACUGGCUCCCGGAGACCAGCGAGCAGAGCCUCGACAAGGCUGCCCAUCGAG